CGCGUGCGCACGUCGGGCCGCGCGCUCCGCUGCGGCGCCCGAGGGAGUCGCCGACCGACGCGCGGACGCGGUGCAGGCUGACUGCGAGGCGGCCCCGCGGCCGGCCCAGAGGGGUGAGAGCUGCGAGAACCACACUUGGCAGCGAUGUCAGUGGAACUGGAGACCUCAGAGGGGGUGGAUGAGCCGGAGGAAAAGAGCUCUGGGGCCCCAGAGAAAGAAAACCACACCAGGAUGGCGGACCUCUCCGAGCUCCUGAAAGAGGGGACCAAGGAAGCACAUGACCGGGCAGAAAGCACACAGUUCGUCAAGGACUUCUUGAAAGGCAACAUCAGGAAGGAGCUGUUCAAGCUGGCCACUACCGCGCUGUACUUCACCUAUUCGGCGCUGGAGGAGGAGAUGGACCGCAACAAGGACCACCCAGCCUUCGCCCCCCUGUACUUCCCCACCGAGCUGCACCGCAAGGAGGCGCUGGUCAAGGACAUGGAGUAUUUCUACGGUGGGGACUGGGAGGAGCAGGCGCAGUGCUCUGAGGCCACCCGCAAGUAUGUGGAGCGGAUCCACUACGUGGGGCAGAAUGAGCCAGAGCUGCUGGUGGCCCACGCCUACACCCGCUACAUGGGGGACCUCUCGGGGGGCCAGGUGCUGAAGAAGGUGGCCCAGCGGGCCCUGAAACUCCCCAGCACAGGGGAAGGGACCCAGUUCUACCUGUUUGAGAACGUGGACAACGCGCAGCAGUUCAAGCAGUUCUAUCGGGCCAGGAUGAACGCCCUGGACCUGAACCUGGAGACCAAAGAGAAGAUCGUGGAGGAGGCCAACAAGGCCUUCGAGUACAACAUGCAGGUAUUUAAUGAACUGGACCAGGCUGGCUCCUUGCUGGCCAAAGAGACGCUGGCCGACGGGCUCCCCGUGCACGAUGGGAAAGGAGAUGUGCGCAAGUGCCCCUACUACUCUGGCGAACAAGACAAAGGAGGGAAAACAUCUUUCCAAGUUUAUAAAUUAUAUGCCAGGCUCUUGCGAGUUGCUGCUUAGAAUUAUUCUUUGAAGAUGUGGAUGGAGGCCAAGAAAAGAAGGGCCUGGCUGGGGUUCCGCAGCUCAUCAGAAGCAGAGCCGAGCCAAGGACCUUGGCGUGACUCUUCUACCCCCAAGUGCAGGUGCCUUCCCACAGCCCAGGGUCAAGAAGAGCACACAGCAAAGCCUCUAGAGGACAUCACAGAAGGUCCUUGUCCAGGUGGCACUAGCUGCGCAUGCUGAGCCUGAGGCCUUUGCCCAGGCCGCUGCUGGUCAGCCACAGCCAUCCGACUGGGAGAAAAAGGCUUGACUCAAGUCUGUGGAAAACUCUGUGACAUGCUGCGUCUGUUAGAACACAGGCCAGCACCUGCCAUCAAAUCUCAUCACACCACCAGGCAUGCCUCUGGGGUGGCUCACCAGGGAACUGGAGGCCCUGGGAUGUGCUGAGUGAGCAGGCUGGGAGGAAAAGCUGCACUGCACUGCAUUCGCGAGGUACUUGAGCACUGUCGGGUUCUGGGAUCGAGGAACCAGCCUGGGUCCUCUGGGUCUCUCUUUGGGGAGCAUGGGUACAGACACAUACCACUGAGGAUGCAGGUGUGGCCUGUCUUUUCAUCAGAAUCACUGGAUCUAGGAGUUCCCACUGAGGUGCAGCAGAUUAAGGAUCCAGCAUUGUCUCUGAAGCAGCCUGGGUUCGAUCCCCAGCAAUGGCGCAGUGGGUUAACGGUUCUGGUGUUGCUGCAGGUGCAGCCUGGAUUUAGUCCCUGGCCUGGGGACUUCCAUAUGCCGUGGGUGCGGCCCAAAACAAAGUUGGCAGAUCUAAUCUGCAGUCUCCUAGAAGGCAAGAAUUCAGCAUCUGGAAUCCCACCAUCAUAAUGAUGGUAUGAGCCCUGCACACAGGGCGGAGCCUUCGCUGGUGUCCACCCUACCCUGAACAGGCCGCCCACAGGCCGCCCGGACUCCCAGGAGGUGCACAGGGAGGCUUCCCUUCCAGACCCUGACUACACACAGCCCUGUGCCCCGUCCCCUCCACACAGCCCUGCAGCUGCCUGCCUGAACGGGGGCAGAGACAGGGGGAGGCCCUUCUAUCAUCAAAGAGAGGUGUCUUGAGAAAUGGCUCUCACAGAUCUCAAGAUCUUAAACCCCAGUUCCCUCAGUGCUUCCCGUUAUGAAACCAAGUGUGUGUUCCCACACUGUGUUGUCUAAGAUGUAAUAAAGACCUCAAGUCCAAGAGCAAAAGAGUUUUCCAGUAAGAAAUGUAUACCACUCAAGAUAAGCUACAAGUGCAAACGCGGAACCUGAGCUCAUAGCCCAGGCAACUGCAUUGCCGGGCAGGUGCUGGAGCAUCCGUACAAGAGGCUGGGGCAGGGGCUGAAAGACCCUUAGGUGUGCAGUUCCCAAAAGAGAGAGGCCUGGGGUCCCAGGAGCUCAAUGAAGCCAGCCCUUCAAUGAGGCCUCAGCUCUUGUAGCUGCAGACUGUGAAGAAACUGCUGUCUGAAAGCCCAGUGUAAGCCGAACAGGAGCUCCUGGGGGGCCCGAGGAUGUGCCACGGCACACCCCUUUGUUUUCUCUGCAUUUCAUGGAUCAUAAUGAUCAUAAAAUACCAGCUCUCUGAGGACAGAGCUGAGCGCUCGGCAGCUGGCCAGCCUGUGAGGCGCUGACCCCAGCAGCACGCAGGCGUGAGGGUGGGAGACACAGCCAGGCGAGAGCCUGCCCACUGUGAGGGUGGAAAUGACCUUGAGACACGUACUGUUGGGUUCCAGCAAAACUGUCUCACUGCUCCCCUGCCAACUCCGGCCCCACCAACCCUAGGCCCUGUCCGUGUCCAACACAGCACUCCAAGCAGCCUGAGGAACGUGGCAGCUCCGAGGAAAGGACCAGUCUUCCACUGUAGGCUCAGGACAGCAAGAAACCAAGAACACCCCGUUCACAGAGGGACAAGGAUGUGCCCCAUGUUAGUGGCCAGUUAAUGGGUAAACAGGGCGAGCGGGGAAAAGUGUGGCGAUCUGGAGUCAGCCCUGGCCUUGAGUCCUGAGCCGCUCCUCCUGUGGAGCCGGGACUGGAACCCCCACCUCCCAGCCAGGCUGCAUGCAGAGCAGUAACGAUGGCAACGCAAGCCUGGCACCUGGAAGGCUCACUGUGUGGGGGACAGGCCACUUUAGUCAAAACUCUCGUCCAAGGGAUGAAAAUGCUCUUGAACCAGUGGUGACAGCUGUACAACCCUGUGAACCACUGAACUGUGUGUUCAAGGGUGGAUUGCAGGGCAUGUGAAUCCUAUCACAAAAAGACAGAGCUGGGUACCUCCCAGGUGGCACAGCAGGUUAAGGAUCCAGCAUUGUUACUGCUGUGCCACGGAUUCAGUCACUGGCCUGGGUAGGUAUUUUUGCAGGCUGCAGGCACAGCCAAAACAAAAAACAAAAAAACCCAAGAAACAAACAAAAAACCCAAAGCCCACCCAGGUCUAGAUAUUCCUGUCUGUGUGUGCACAGAUAUAAAUAAAAGGGAUGGAGAAGGAACACCCCGGACCCAGAUCAUCCCUCCAAGACUUAAGCUUGGCGGCCACCGUCCAGAAAGAAAGGCUCUUCCUUCCUUAGGUUCUGUUUUUGUUGUUGAUUUUUUUUAAAUAAGGUAUUUGUGCAUUAUUUGCAUAACUAAAAAUAAAAUUUUGAAAAUAUCAUUUUAGAACAGGUCAGUGACGGGCAGCUUCGAUUCCCAGUGGCAGAGGGAGGAGGGACGGGGUCUCUGUCUCCUGAGUGCUGAUUUCAGCUGCUUUCCUCCAGGUCGCUCAGUCCCUCAGAGGAGGUAAAAGCACCAGACCACCAGGCCCUGGGAAUUCCGCGCGUUCCACUCUGCUCCCAGCUACUCCUCCUCCUCCUUUACUGCUCAGCGUGCAGCUGCUGAUCCAGGGCCAGAGUCCUGCCAACUCACAGCUGCCAGGGGGUGCCCCGGGGCGGGGGGGGGCUCCUGUGGGAGCUGGGAGGGCCUCGCUCCUCCCGGGCUCCAGCCACUGCUUCGUUCUGUGGUCUAAGCUGCCCUGCCCCACUGCGGGGUGCCAACCCUGCCCCAGACAGGACCUGCCUUGGAAAGACACCAGCACCGCCUCCUGGAGGAUGGCCAGGAGCGCAAGGGUACAGUGUGCGGGUUCCUGGAGGGCGAGACAGACGAAGAAGAAGGCACCCAGAGGGAGGCUUUGGGACGGUUCCCCAGGCUCUGCUAGAGCAGCGGUUCUCAAACUUUGGGGCUCAGGAUUCUUUUACACUCGAUGACUGAGGACUCCAAAAAGAUUUUGGUUUUGUGGGUUAUAUCUAUCAAUAUUCACCUUACUAGAAAUCAAAAAUGAGGAAUUUUUAAAAGCAUUCACUAAUUCAUGUAAAAAUUAACUCAUUACAUGAUACCAUAAAUGAAAAUUUUAAAACUACUUUCUAAAACAAACUUAAUGAGAAGACUGGCAUUAUUUUACAUUUUUGCAAACCCUUUAAAAGUCUGGCUUAAGAGAAGACAGCUCAUGUCUGCUCCACCACCCAAGCUACGAGGCUGUCUCGGUUGAAGCGAGAAGAAAACCUGGUGUCCCACAGUGAAUAGGUGGGAAAGGGAGAGGCAUCUGAAUGGUCUUUUCGGCGAACUGCGGAUAUUCUUUGGUACUGCACCCAAACAUGACAGGUGGCAAAAGCUUCCGAAAGGUUACAAUAUGGAAUCUGAAUCUUCAGCAACAAUUUUCCAUUACAUCAAAAACCAUUGGGCUACUCUGUAUUUGGAAUGGAUCUUUUACACAUGACCAGUUUUUUUGGUGGUUUUUUUUUUUGUUGUUUGUUUUUUUUUUUUUUUUGCUUUUUAGGGCAGCACCUGCAGCACAUGGAGGUUCCCAGACUAGGGGUUGAAUUGGGGCUGCAGCCGCAGGCCUACGCUAACAGCCACAGCAACACCAGAUCCAAACCUUGUCUGUGACCUACACCACAGCUCACGGCAACACCCGAUCCUUAACCCACUGAGCGAGGCCAGGGAUCAAACCGGCAACCUCGUGGUUCCUAGUCGGAUCUGUUAACUGCUGCGCCACGAUGGGAACUCCUACACCUGACCAGUUUUGUACAAGCACCAUUCAGGAAACGCUGGUCCACAAUUAUGAGCCCAGAUGGUGCAGGUCUAGCAGCGUUAACACACCUCAUCAUACGCUACACACUGUGCUCCCAUGCAUGGUAUCACCACCAUUCCCAUCAGAAAAAUCUUUAACUGGCCUGCCUGCUGUGGCACAGUGGGUUAAGAAUCCUACCAUGGCCAAGGUCGCAGCUGUGGCUUGAAUUCAGUCCCUGGCCCAGGAACUUUCACAUGUUGCAGGUGUGGCCAUAAACAAACAAACAAACAAACAAACAAACCCUUAAACUAUGAAGCUCACAGUGGCAGAUACAAGUUUUAUAAACUUCUAACAUUUUCAUUUGAAAGCUCAAAUUUUACCAUCGGCAACAAACAGAAUAACACACUUAUCAUUAGCAACAUAUACAAAAAACCAAAAGGUCAGUUGUUUCCCUUGAAUUAGCAGGCUCACUUUAUUCAUUUUCAAGAAAAUGUCUCCCAAAUCCCCAAGUCUCAAGAACCAAAGUUCGUGUGUCAGUCGUUAUUUUAAGAAAUACGAUUUCCCUGGUGGCACGGUGCGUUAAGGAUCUGGUGGUGUCACUGCGGUGGCGUGGGUCACUGCUGUGGCAUGGGUUCGAUCCCUGACCAGGGAGCUUGUGCAUGCUGUGAGUGUGGGGAAAGAAAAAGGAAGAUGGAGCUCCACAAAAAAGCUAGUUCAGCUCACACACACGCUUUUUCCCUUGAGGCAUCUGUCAUACUUGGUACAUGUCCUCUCUUUUUAUCACAUAAAACAUUAAAAAGAUGUGUACUCGAGAGUCCAGAUGAGUUCAUUUUCACUGCCUUUUCUUAAGUGAAACUGGCGUGGACACAACCACAACAGCGACUGGCACAGCUGGGUGCGGAGCCUUGAGCAGAGCUAAUCCUACUGCAGCUGUACCACCAACGCAAACGCUGCCACCAUGAAAACAGUCAAUAUGACGAUAACAUCUUGGUGCUGUUAUAAA